AUGGUGUCCGAUAGUGUCAAUCUUGGUGCUGGUUAUGCUGCUAGUCAUGGUUCCUCUUCCUUACCUGAAACACAACCUGAUGUUACCCCUGACAGUGUUAGCAAGAAAAGGAACAAGAGGUCAAAGGCAUGGGCACACUUCACAAUUCAGAACGAUGAUCCAGAUCAUGCAAACUGCAACUAUUGUAGUGCUAUAUUAGGCUGCAAAUCCACAUCGGCAGGUACUGCUUCUUUAGUAAACCAUUUGAAGAUUUGCAAAAAGAAUCCUGCCCACAUCGGUAGCAAUCAGACCGAGCUUACCUACCAAGUUUGCGAUGAUGGCAAUUCUGUGGUUCCUUGGCAAUACAAUGAGAAAGAAGUUAGAGAAGCAUUUGCUCGCAUGAUAGUGAUAGAUGAGCUUCCGUUCAUAUUUGCAGAGAAAGAAGGAUUUAGGUUCUUCAUGUCUAAAGCUUGCCCUAGGUUCAAUGUGCCAUCUAGGACCACUAUGUAUAGAGAUAUCAUUGCUCUUUAUGAAACUGAGAAAGCUAUGCUUAGAAAGUAUUUCAUCGAUUCACGUCAAACUGUUUGCCUCACCACUGAUACAUGGACAUCAAAAAGACAGCAAAGCUACAUGGUUCUUACUGCACAUUUCAUCGAUUCUUCAUGGAACCUUAGGAAAAAAAUUAUUAGCUUUGUCUUGGUAGAUGGACACAAAGGGGACGAUAUUGGGAAAUCGUUAGAAAAAUUACUGAUUGAGUGGGGCAUUGAACGAGUGUGCACUAUUACAGUAGAUAAUGCGAGUUCUAAUGACACCUGCUUAGCCUACAUGAAGAGAUCUUUGACUAAUAGGGGCUGCACACAUGCAAGAAGUCAAUAUCUUCACAUGAGGUGUGUGGCUCACAUUGUUAAUCUUGUGGUUCAAGAUGGGCUAAAGAUAAUAUGCCAUCCUGUAAACAGAAUUCGCCAUGCUAUCAAGUUUGUUAGAGCCUCCCCAACUAGACUGGAUGUAUUUAAGAAGUGUGUGCAACUAAGCAAGGUAGCGAGCAAAGGCUUGAUUAAUAUUGAUGUGGCUACUAGAUGGAACUCUACAUUUGUAAUGCUAGACAAUGUUGAGAAAUUUGAGAGGGCAUUUGAGCAAUAUGCACUUCAUGAUCCCAACUACAAGACCGAGUUAGAAAAAACUGGUCCAGAACCUAAGCCCGAUGCUCUUGACCAACGGGGUCCUCCAACUCAAAGUGAUUGGGUAUAUGUUCGUGAGUUCAAACAAUUCCUCCAACACUUCUAUGACCUCACGAAUAAGGUUUCUGGCACCAAGUAUGUUACAGCCAACACCUUCUUGGAAGAGAUUGCUGAUGUUAACUUUUUGUUGGGUGAAUGGAGUGAUCAUGUGAUCUGUGGUGAUGAUGAAAUAUUUAAAUGCAUGGCUCUCAAGAUGAAAGCGAAGUAUGAGAAGUAUUGGGGUGAUCCUGAAAAGAUGAACAAAUAUAUAUUCAUUGCCGCCAUCCUUGAUCCUAGCUUGCCUUGUCUUGUCUUAAUUCUUUAUGCAAGGACCAAGGAAUCUCAUUUAUUUAAGGACAUGAUUGAAGACACCUUGAGGUCAUGCUACAACAAGAAGAGAAUGAGAUCUUGUGGAGAGGGUAGCACUAGCUCAAAUAUGAGAACUGAAUUAGACAAGUACCUAGCUGAGGAUACCGAAGAGUUGACUGCAGAAUUUGACCUUCUUGAGUGGUGGAAGUUGAAUGCUGCUUGCUUUCCUGUCCUGUCAAAAAUGGCUCGUGAUAUACUAGCAAUCCCCAUCUCAACGGUUGCUUCUGAAUCAGCUUUUAGCACUAGUGGCCGUAUUCUUGAUGACUUCAGAAGCUCUUUGACACCAGUGACACUCCAAGCAUUGAUAUGUACGCAAGAUUGGUUGCGUAGUAAGCCUAUCAAUGUUGAACUCGAUCUUGCUGAGUUGACCAAACUGGAGGAAGGUGUGGGAGCCCUUCGAUUGGACGAUAAUGGUGUAAUAUCGAUUGAUUGA